AACCGAAAUUGAAAGUAAAGUUCCACUACCGCGUUGGAGCUGAAGGAGAAAGAGCUGACACAUCCCCCAGCUUCAUCUCCUCCACACUUCACUUCCGCUUACAGAGGAUUUUAUUCCUUCUCUUUACACUCCUCCAUCCAAGAGACAGAAAGAGUGGAGAGAUGUUGAGCUCGAGCUCGCAGUUUGGGGCGCCGAGUGGAGGUUUCAGCUUCGAGAACGCACGCAGAAACGCGGUGUUGGAGGCCAGUCUGACGGAGAAGGGCUAUAGCGCUCCAAAAGCUAGGAAGACUGGCACCACCAUCGGAGGGAUGAUUUACAAGGACGGAGUGGUCCUCGGUGCUGACACUCGCUCUACAGACGACAUGGUUGUGGCUGAUAAGAACUGCAUGAAGAUCCACUACAUCGCUCCCAACAUAUACUGUUGUGGAGCAGGGGUGGCGGCGGACGCUGAUAUCACCACUCAGAUGAUGUCAUCGAACAUCGAGCUGCAUUCCCUGAGCACAGGACGUCCUCCUCUCGUCGCCACGGUGACACGCCAACUUAAGCAGUUGCUGUUCAGGUAUCAGGGACACAUCGGGUCGUCUCUCAUCGUCGGAGGAGUGGACAUUACCGGCUUCCAGCUCUUCACCAUCUACCCUCACGGCUCCUACGAUAAACUGCCCUUUGCUGCCAUGGGUUCUGGAGGAGCUGCUGCCAUCUCUGUGUUUGAAGACCGAUACAAACCCAACAUGGAGCUGGACGAAGCGAAGCAGCUGGUACGUGACGCCAUCGCUGCUGGGAUUUUCUGCGACCUGGGCUCUGGGAGCAACAUCGAUCUGUGUGUGAUCACGGAGAAAGGAGUUGAUUAUCUGCGGGGGUAUGACCAGCCUGUACAGAAGGGCCAGAGGGAAGGUCAGUACAGGUACAAGCAGGGGACGACUCCAGUGCUGACCAAGACCAUCACACCUCUCAACCUGGACGUCGUGGAGGAAUCUGUUCACAUGAUGGACAGCCAGUGAAGCUCCACCCACCUGGGGCUUAUUUUUGUUUUUUUUUACAGAUUUACAGAUGAGGAGAUAAAAUCUCUGCAUUAAACAUGACGUGGAAACAG